CAGAAUUGCCAGCCUCAACCUACAACUACUUCAUGCUAAUUGCACACUCUGGUGGUCCUUGAAAUUUCUGUCCUCAUCACUGAUUUCGAUUCCUCAUUCACAAUAUCUUGAGCUGCUCUCUGGCCCACCCAUUCCUGACCUGGGCUUGGAGUUGUUGCCCAGUACAACCACCAACCCCCACUUCUCCAGCAACACCCCAUACAAGAGUUAAGCGACCUGCUAUCAUCGUCGUCUCAACGCGUUCAUUUCGAGAUUGCACCUCACCCAAACGGCUUCUGCCGCUCACACAGAAUUUCCUCCUCUGAGCCCGAAAUACAUACCGGCUUCGAAAAAGUGAGUCUUCCAACACUGCCCGAGACGAGACGCACCAUGCUCGUAUGGGCUCUCCGGCCUGCAUGCAUGCUUUCUUUUUCCUCUCUUGUCGCUUGAAUGUCAACUCCAGUCAUUGGGGAAGCUGCCCAACCCUCACACCCCUUCUUAUCUCCUUCUCACGUCAUUCAUUGACUGUGCUUCCCCUUCAUCAUUCAGUUCCUCCUUGCUAACAACAUCUCACAGGAGCAAGAUGGUCGCCAACUUCAGGACCGAAGACGCCCAGCGCCGCCUGCUGACCGCAGUCAUCGCAGCCCACCCCGAGCUCAAGCUCAACUUUAAGGCCAUUGCCCAGCACUUUGGUCCUGAGGACUGGGGCAAGGAUGGCAUCGAGCACUUCUUCCGCCCCCUGAAGAAGGACGCCCUGGCGGUCCGCGACUUGGUCAAGGCCGGCCAGCGGGCCAAGGACUUCUUCGAUAACAAGGCGGGAAAGGGCGGCGCCGCCGGCUCCGGCGCCGGUGCCGGCAACAGCGCCCCGGCGACCCCAAAGAACCGCAAGCGCGCCGCCGCCUCGGCGCCCUCGACCGGCAGGUCCACCGCCUCCAAGAAGGCCCGCGCGAGCGCAUCCACCAAGCCCGCGCCCGCCCCCGUCCCGGCCGCCGCCAACGUCAUCACCGUGGACGACGACGACGACGACGAGGAGAACGAGUUCCCGCCGCUGCCCCUGGACACCCCGACCCAGGGCCCCCGCUUCACCGACUACGGCGCGAAGCAGUUCUGGGGCGGCGACGCCCAGGCCCAGGCCCAGGCCCAGCCCCAGGCCCCGGCGCUCGACGCGACGCAGGCCGAGACCCCGACCGAGGAGGAGGACUUCAAGCCGCACACGCCCAGCGACGCCGCCGCCUACUCGUUCAGCCAGCCCCAGCCGUCAUCCGCCGGGGUCGGCGCCGGUGCGUACAACCUCGACGCCUACCCCAUCAGCCAGCCGUCCUUUGUCGCCGACGCCGGGUACCACAAGGGCCAGGGCGGCUUCGCCGUCGACGACUGGGUCGACGACGAGGUCUAGGCCGCGAGACCGCCGACGGGCCUACCUCUCAAAGCUGCGGGUGAGCCCAGGUUGUGGCUCACAUUUGGCUCUAUCAACUUUCGACGGCCCAGAGAGGGCGGUCGCGACCGACUGCUCCAGCUGCUCCAUCAUCCGGCAUUUUGAAAUCCCCGCCCCCCUUUUUUGAGCGCCUCCCAGCCCGGCGGAUAUCUGGACUCGGAAUGUCCAGGCAAGGCUGAAACGCGCACGCACGAACGAUUUCGGAAAUGCCUCGCACUUUUUUCGUCCACCCGCGAGGCGAGGCUUCUCGGUGACCAGGUUUUGGUUGUGUGCAAUUAAUUCAUUUACUGCUGCAAGUGUAGGAUACCCAAGAACGCCUUCCUCUCCUCAGGAUUUCAUUGAUUCUUUUUCGGCCCCCGAAGGCUUACCCGAUGCGACAUUAAUUCACCAUUCCUUCUUCUCCUUGCGUGUGCGGCAAUUUCUUUUCUUUCUUUUGACGGGAGCAUGGACCUCUGAAGAAGAAGCAGCAGACAACUCAUAUCAAAAUAUGACAUCCGAGAGGACGGAGGGGGGCACAGAUGAGGAGGACGCCGGCUCCCCCGGCGGAUUGUGGUUGGACAUGCAUGGCAUGGUGGUAGCGAGGGAGGGGUGUGCCGCAUCACCUUGUGUUCUCGCCCCCCUGUCUGCGAGGCCACACGUCUUCGGUCUCGGUGAGAAGAAAGGAAGGAAUGAAGGAAGGAAGGGGGGGAAAAAAAAACUUCUGACAACACAGAACCUGCGUGACAAGAGGACUCGCGCAAUUGGCUGGGCAGGGGUGAUAUCGGCUGCAUGCUCAUCAAAAAGAAAGAAAGAAAAACGGUGUGCGCAGCCUUGUGAUACUAGAACAAGAUGACACAGCACAAAAUCGAUGCAUUUGCGCCUCAAAA